UCGGCAACGUUGGCGCUUGUUUUCGCGAUAAGGUUGCGUCUGCGCGGGACUGGCCAGGGUCCUCGUACCCGUCAGGCUCUCUACCCUCUGUCAGCAGUCUUCAGACCAACUACCUCUACCUUUACGUCUAGCGGAGGCCCCAGAGCCUCGUUCUCUUCUUCGGCUUCUUCCUCUUCCUGGUGGCCCUCUGGCCAUAGCAGAAACCCAAUGGCUCCAACUACCGGUACUGGCGCCGGCGCAGCCGACAAGAAGCCCGAAAAGUCCUACCUCGCAUCCGCCGUCGACUCCAUCAAUCCUUGGGCCGCCAACCGGAGUACCACUCCAGCACCCAAGGAGCCGCCUCCGCCCAAACCAGUAGUCCCCGUGAACCCGAAUCCCGGUGACCACAGUACCAAUCCCUUUUACGGCCAAAGCUUUAAGCGAUAUCCUCCCGACUGCCCUCCGCUCAAUGUCCAAUGGUUCCAUGCGGUAGAUGUUCCAAAGCGCAAGCCCAAGUUCCUCCAGUCCAAGCCCGACGAUGACAAAAAGACCCAGGCGCAACCAAAGAAAUAUGCGCCUUUCUCUUCUGGAGACUCCCGAGCACUCGAAGUCGCCUACCAGGCAAGACUCGAAGAGUUGGAGCAGCAGAGGGCGAAUCCGAAACGCUCAAACAGUGUCCGUCUAGGCUCCAAGCGGCCUCGAGUCGUCUCAGGCGACGAAGCAAACAACACAAACCUCGAGUCGACGGAGGAUGAGGCCAAGAACCACAUCCGUGUCCCCGUCAACGAAGAUUUCUUGUUCGAUGUCGACCUUGACGAUCGCGAGUUAGCCCCUGUCUACUGGGAGGGUCCGGUAUAUGAGGUGCGUCGAGGAACCUGGUUCUACCAAGAAGGCUCGACUGUACGCCCAUGUGAGGAGAAUCUUGCAGCCCAGCUUGAAGAGGGAUACCUAAAGAUAAGGCCGUGGAUGUACCCAAUACGGACGCGCAGCGACUCGGGCACCAAGACCGUCACACCAAAGACCUCGGUGAGCAAUCUCAAGGCUGCUGCUGCCGCCCAAAAAGAGAGCCCAGCGAAAACAGAGACCACAGUUGUCCAGCAUCAGCCCCAGACAUACCGGCUAUUCGGGGCCUACAUGAACAACAUCGCAACAUACCACGACGAAAACACUGCAUGGCUCUCAUCCGAGGGUGUGCUCUCUUGGGUGACCUCGACCGUGUACGAGAGGUUCGCUGGAGGUGGCUACAUGAGCGGCGUGAAGCUCGUUCGCGGCUAUAAUACCGAAACAAAGAAGCCCAAGGAUGACAAGCGACCCUCGACUCCCACGGGAACCAAGAGUUCUUCCACAGAACAGGACGAGAAGCUGCAAAAAGCCCUCAAGAGACGCUCUGCUCCGGCAGGUGCGCAGUCACUUUCUGAAGAUGCCAUGGUGAUUAAGGAAGAGGGCGAAGAGGAUGUGCCCGAGGAGAUCGAAAGUACAAGGGCCAGGCUCACUCGCCAAAUAUCAAACCUGAUAGAAGGCGUCAAAGAUCCAGAAGCAGAGGCGGAAGCGAUUCGGAAACGAGAAGAGAAGGAGAUUCGGGACGACUACAAUGCGCGACUCGGAGAGACUCAAGGCCGCGAAAUUGAGCAUAUUAUUCUCGUCACGCACGGCAUCGGACAACUCUUGGGAAAGAAGAUUGAGAGUGUCAACUUCGUUCAUGACGUGAACAUGCUUCGGAAAACAUUAAAGGAAACAUACUCUUCCUCGGCCGAUCUUCGAGCACUGAACGGCGAGAUUGAAGUGGAAGGCCCUGGCAACUCGCGUGUGCAAGUCUUGCCUGUUGUCUGGAGGCAUCUUCUCGACUUUCCAAAGCGCAAACCGAAAAGAAGAGAGCAUGAUUUGGGUGAAGCUCCAUACGAAGAAGAUGAAUACCCAUCUCUAGAGGAUAUCACGAUUGAAGGUGUGGCCUUUGCCAGGUCGCUCAUUUCCGACUUGGCCCUCGACGUUCUCCUUUACCAAAGUGCCUAUCGAGAAACGAUUGUGGAGAUCGUUUCUCGAGAAGCUAACCGGAUAUACAAGCUGUUCAAGGACCGCAAUCCUAACUUCAAGGGCAAGGUUCACGUCAUCGGUCACUCCCUUGGGUCUGCCAUCAUGUUUGAUAUCCUCUGUCGGCAACGGGAAAAGCGACCAGAAACUGAGCCGUUCAAGAACCCGCUCAAACUCUGGCCAACGCACACCCAGGACCGCUACGAACCCAAAGAACCUAAGGAGCUUGCGUUUGAGUUUGACGUGGAAGAUUUCUACGCUCUCGGCUCUCCCAUUGGCCUUUUCCAGAUGCUCAAGGGACGGACGAUUGCGGCUCGUCACUUGCCCAACGUUUACCCCUCGGAAAGCCCCCUAAAUCCCGAAUACAUGGAUGACCCGUUCUUCCUUGCCGCAACAGCGCAGCACCACCAUCACCACCACCAUAACAGUGAUCAGAGUCUCUCUCCUAUCACUAAUCUUCCGUACAGCAUCUCCUCUCCCAAGGUCGCUCAACUAUUCAACAUUUUCCACCCUUCAGAUCCCAUUUCAUAUCGUUUGGAACCUCUGAUUUCCCCGGCCAUGUCCACCCUCAAACCCCAAGCUCUACCAUAUACCAAAAAGAGCAUCUUCGGCUCCGUCGCCCCUCAGGGCCUCACGGGCAUCGGUGCCAAGGUCGGGCAGAGCGUCAGCGGACUAUGGAGCAGUCUCAGUGCCGGUAUUGCCAGCAGUUUGCUCAACCGUAGUCUCGGUCUGAGUCAGGAAGAUGUAGCCAACAUUAACGCAUCGCAGGCUCAGAACCAGAAUCCCAGUCCUGGUGCUGGUACCAACAUAGCGGGUGGUGUCAUAUCUCCCGAAUCUUCCAAGAUGUCGGACGCCCAGCGGAGCGAGAAGACGGCGGAGAGGAUGCGCCAGCUGGCCAACGCCGGUCACGACGGAACUCUUAUUGACGACGAACUGGAGACGCUCUUUAGCAAAUUCGAGAGGAAGAGGUUGGAUAUGGUUCACGCUGCCAAGGAAGGGGGCAGCACCGCUGCGGCCAAGGAGGAAUGGGUCAAGGAGGAGGCCAAGGCCCAGAAGUUGAAGAGGGAGGAGAUGAAGGUACGGGCGCUGAACAGGAAUGGGAGAGUGGAUUACAGUAUCCAAGAGAGCGUUCUGGACUUUAACCCCAUCAACACCAUUGCUUCACACAUGAGCUACUGGGCAGACGAAGAUGUGUGCCACUUUAUUCUGUCUCAGAUGCUGGUAUCGAACAGGACGAAGACGCCGAGGGUGUAAGACUUCAUGUAGAAUUUGUGCAUAGUUGGGGUAGUUUGCAUAGAUAGUCGUUCUAC